AUGGCGUCCGGAUCGAGCGACGCCGGGAACGUCUGCCCUUGGCCGGCGUCGAUUCUCCUCGCGGAGGAGGCGUACGUCGCCGCCAGUAGGAACGACACCACGGCCAGAGCCAGAUCGAAGGACAACCAUACCGUGGAGAUCACCUUCUGGAUCGCUGAUCCACCGGCGGUGUCUUUCUACACCUUCCACUGCAUCAAGGCUCCCAACUCCGACUCCAAGGACGUCGACCUCAGAGUUAAUUCAGUCGUUGCGGGCGCACAUGGCAGAUUCCUUCUUAUUCGCACCCUCUUGGCCGGAGACGACCAGGAUGAAUACUUCAUCUACAAGGGCCACCCAAGUCCCCAUCCCUCGAAAGCAUCCCGCUUAUUCCAUAUCAUUAUAGGCUGCACGGAGUGGAGUUUGGAAUCGUGCCCCGCGGUGACGAUGGCCAUUAUCUCCUGA